AGAAUAUCUACGCGAUCGACAGUCGCUCAAAGGAUAUACAAGAACUAUCAUACGGUCCACUUACAUGUGUACCAGAUGCCAUGAUCCUGAAUUACUUAUUACGGCCUACUGCGUAUAAUAAGCAUAACCUACCACAUUUCCGAAAUGACCAACGACUUUGAAAUGGAAAUGUACAUCAACGAGCUAUGGACAGAUCCAAAGCUAAAAUUUGACCACCUAAAUGCUUGUAAAGCCAAUCUCUCACUUGAUCAUGCGUCACUUGUAAGGGUGUGGACUCCAAAUUCCUGCUUCUCAAACUCCAAGAUUGCAGAAAUCCACGACUCUCCGUUUUCAAAUGUCUUCCUCACACUUUUCGAGAAUGGGACGGUGUGGGUAAAUUAUCGUCUGCGAGUGAAAGGUCCGUGCUACAUGAAUCUAUUGGACUUUCCAAUGGAUACGCAAUCGUGUCGUCUCGUAUACAUGAGCUUUUCGUACAACAAUGACGAAGUUCGCAUGCGAUGGAAUACUCGUAGAGAACCUGUAUUUUUACUUAUGCCAGUACAUAUUGCCGAUUACACAUUGAAGGACAUUAGACCAGAGGCAAUUCGUCGACAUUAUCCAGCUGGCGAAUGGGAUGAAUUGAUGGUAACGUUCGUGUUUGAAAGACGAUACAUGUGGUAUUUUCUGCAAGCUUAUCUGCCAACGUACUUUACUAUAUUUGUGAGCUGGAUCGCAUUUUCCCUGGGACCUCAAGCAAUCACUCCACGCACGAUGAUAGGCGUCAACGCUCUUCUAUCAAUGAUUUUUCACUUUGGCUCAGUAAUGCGAAAUCUUCCUAGAGUUUCUUACGUCAAGGCUAUAGAUGUGUGGAUGCUCAGUUCUGUAACUUUCGUGUUUUUAUCUUUAAUAGAACUCGCUAUUGUUGGUUUAAAGGAGAGACAGGGAAAACAGCUAAUAGUUCAGCGAAUCGAUAGAUUUGCUCAGUUGGCAUUUCCGGCAGCAUUUAGCAUAUUCAAUAUAGUUUAUUGGGCAAGAUAUGGUAUGAAGUUUUGAUGAGCG